AUGGAAAGGUUUCGUGGUCUUCGCAUUGACACGGCUCCAACUCCCGAGCAGCCACAGCCACAGCCGCAGCAACAGCAUAGCUUUGUCAGACCAGUUUAUGCGACCUCAGGUUACACUGGUGCAUCGGGUUACCCUAUUCCGUCUGCAGGAAACUCCUCGUCUGGUUACCCCAGUACGUCCGUUUCUCAGGGAACCAGUUAUGGUGCUCCGAAUAACGGUGGUUACACGGCCGGUUACCGUGGCCCGUACGGCACGUCGGCUGUCCCGGGCACAGCCGGUUACAUCUCCCCGUACGGUUACAACUCCGGUUCAUCUGCCUCCAACGCGUCUUACGGACCCCCGUACCGUGGACCACCCCCAGGGGCGGCGCCCGCCUAUAUUUCCGCCGCUCCCGUUGCUGCACCGCCUUCCGCUUUUGUUUCCGCCACUGGCGCAACCCGGGGGGUGGGAGGCGGAGCAGCCGUCCCCGCGAGCGCAGCAGGCGGAUUUGUGGGCGCAGGAAGAAGCGGAACCAACCCCGCAUGGACGGGCACGUCCGCCGCCUCUGCCGCCGCCGCCGCUAUUCUGGCGGAAGCGGAUAGAGACGAGGACCCGGGGGGGAGACGGAGCUACAGCCACAGCUACAACCAAGGCUACGGCCACGCUAGCGCGCAGAGCGCCAGUCAGGCGCACGCGCCGGGGGGAAACAGUCACGCGGCUUCCCGCGUGUCGUCUGCGCGCUCCUCUAUAAGCAGCUCCAGUAACCGCAGCUCGCCGCGGUCCGACGCGACGGAUAGAAGCGCGCGCAGGGCGCGGCGGAAAGCGUUUACCGCCAGCGGAGCCGGCGCGGGGAACUCCGCCGUUUCCGCGUCCCUGUCCGCGGGCGCGGCGGACAGCGGGGGGAGCUCGGAGGGGAAGCGGCGGGAGCGGUCCGCCCGCGCGCGGUUACCGCGGAAUGGGUCUGUGGGGAGCCUGGUUGGGGAGUCGUCUGGGGGGAAUGGGUCCGGGGCGGUGGCGGGGGGGAGGGGGUCCGCGGAAGAGGACGGGGGAGCGCAGUCGCGGGAGCGGGGGCAGCUGGCGCAUGGGCAGGCGCGCCCAGGGGCGGACUGCGCGCUGAUAAAGGCGUUUCUGGGGGACAGGGACGCGUGGGCGUGUCUAGAGGAGAGUGCCGCGAAUCGAAUCUACAUCUUUGAGUAUCUCAACACUGUUCGGACCUCGCACCCGGCUCUGCUACAGACCUACCAGACGGUCCUGCUGUCCCACGGGCUGACCACGGAAAGCCUCAAGGCGCAGAGGCGGGAGGUGCUGCAGCUGUUCGCAGUGCUGCUCACGGCACAGGACGGGCUGUGGAAGCUCAAGAAGGGGCAGCUUUUAGACCUUAUCUGCCACUCAGACGCCUGGAAGAAGGCACAACAAGCACAAGCAGCACAGCAGGCACAACAGGCUCAACAAACACACCAGGUUCAAAUACGGGCAGUUGCGGGUGGGGAUGAGCGGAGUGCGGUGGGAGAAAGGGUGGUUGAGGCGACGGGCGGUGCUGCUAGGGAUGUGAUGGCUGGUGGGAUAGCGGCCAGGGGUGUGGCAGCAGAUGCAACCGGGUCUGGGUACGGAGGGUAUGGAGGGCAGGGAGGGCAGGGAGGGCAGCAGGGAGGGCAGCAGCAGGGGGGCCAGGGAGGCACCCUAUGGGCUGGUAGGGCUGCUCCUCCUACUGUGGCGGCUGGAGCAGCAGAGAGAGGGUUGCUGAUGGGUCGAAUGCCCGGGCUAGGAGAAAGAACGAUGAGCUUAGGGGGACGGACUCUGAGUUUGGGAGGUAGGAAUCAGAGCCUGGGGGGUGUCGUGAGGGGGGCGUCUCUGGUGAAGGUUGUACCUGUGAGGAUGGAGGAAGAGGAUGAGGAUGAGGAGGAGGAUUUGUAUGGAGAGGGGUAUGGGGAGGAGGAAGAGGAGGAGGAUUUGUACGGGGAGGAGAGUGGGGGUGUGGUGGGAGGGGGAGUGAGGGAGGAGGAAGAGGAGAGGAGUGUGGAGGGGAGGGAGGCGAAUGGGGUGAGUGAAGGGGAGGAGGGGGAGAGUGGGGAGGAGAGUGAGGGAGAUGGAGAGAGCAGGGGUGGUGGGGGGAAAGAGGAGGAGGACGAGGGGGGAGGAAUGGGGGUGCUUAGACUGCCGAGUAUACGGGUGGGGGAUAUGCGGAGAGUAAUGCAGGAGAAAAGGGAACAGCAGGAGUGGGAGGUGCAGCAACAACAGGAGCGGCAACAGCAGCAGCAACAGCAGCAGCAGCAGCAGCAGGAAGGGGAAGGGGAAGGAGAAGGAAUCUUGAGGUUGCCAAACACAGUUCUGGGGAUUCUUAUAACGAGGAUGGUGCGAGUGAAGGCGGGGGUAGUCACAGCAGCAGCAGAAGCAGAAGCAGAAGCAGGGGUGGCACUCCAACUAGUGAAAAAGAUAGGGAGAGUGAUAGGAGCAGCAGGAAUAGCAGCAAGAAGGGUAGCAAGAAGGGCAGCAGCAGGGGCAGCAGGGGCAGCAGCAAGAGCAGUAGAGAGAGCAGUAGGGAGAGCAGAGGGAGCAGAGGGAGCAGCAGACGGAGCAGCAGCAGAAGCAGGUCAGGCAGUGCGGAGAGCAGCAGGAGCAAGGGCAGUGAUACUGAUGAUGGUGCCAGUAACCAUAGCAGUAACCAUAGUGGUAACCCGAGUAGUGGUAACCAUAGCAGUAACCAUAGUGAUGGCAGCAGCAGCAGCAGUGGCAGUGACAGUGGCAGUGGCAGUGGCAGUGGCAGUAGGGGUAGUGGUAGCGGCAGUGGUAGGGGCAGUGGCAGUCAUACCGGUACUGGUGAUGACAGGAGCAGCUGCAGCGAUGGUGGUAAUAGCAGCAGUGGUAUCGAAAGUUGCUACGGCCGCUCUUCUCCCUGCUGUCCCUGCUACGUCCGCCCCUGCUGCUUUCCCCCCUGUUACAUCCGCCCCUGCUGCUGUCCCCCCUGCUACAUCCGCCCCUCCUGCUGUCCCCCCUGCUACAUCCGCCCCUCCUGCUGUCCCCCCUGCUACAUCCGCCCCUCCUGCUGUCCCCCCUGCUGAUACAUUCGCUCCCACUUCUCCUGCCCUAAUCCCUCCUGCUGCUGCUACAGCCGCCCCUGCCCUCAUCCCUGCUCCUGCCGCUACAGCCGCUUUCACCGCCUCGCUGGCAAGCGGCGCUGCUGCCACGUCUGUAGCGGCAGCCAAGGCUGCUCAAGCACUAGCAGCCUACAAACGCUCCUCCACCCCCCCUAGGAGCCCUGUAGAUCACGAUACGUGGGAUUCGGGGGAGGAGGAGGAGGGGGAGGGGAGCGGGGGAUGGGGGGGAGCGAUUGGGAGGAAAGGCAAGGCUGCGAGCUAUGGGGGAGUGACUGGUUCGGAGCGAGGGGGAGGGUCAGGGGAAGGUGGGAGAGUGAUUGGGGGAACGUUAGGUGGGGUGGUUGGGGAGAUGGCAGGAAGGGGACUAGGAGGAGAGUCGGUGAUAAAUGCAGGAGGGGAAGGGAGAGGAGUGAGGGGAGGAGAAGGAGCAGAAGGAGCAGGAGGAGACAUGAAUGUUCCAGGGGCUAGUGUGGCUGGUGGCAGUGCGGUUGGUGGCGGUGUGAUGGAUAGCAGUGCGGUUGGUGCCGGUGUGGCUGGUGGCAGUGUGUGGCAGGGUAGGGAGUGGUUGGGAGGGGUGGAGGUGUUUGGGAGUGCCAUUGACAACAUGUGGAGCCCGCUUCCUGUGUUCAUGGGGGGCAAUGCAGUCGCAGCAGCAAUAGCCGCAUUCUCAAACCCAUCUGCCCUUGCUAUUUAUCCGGUCACCCCUUCAACUAGUGUAAUUAGCGGAAUUACCCCAUCCAGUGGUGUGCCGAAUAGGGUUACCAUACCGGUUACCCCGUCGAGUGUUGUUUCUGGUUACACCCCCGUCGCUCCUCUCCGCACCCCUCCUUCCUUCCUCGCUCGCCAAAACUCCGCCCCUCCUGCUACACCCAUGGGAAAGCCUGGGGGUUUUGCCACUGCUUGGGGUACUGAUGCUGGUGCUGCCGGUGCUGCCGGUGCUGCUGGUGCUGCUGGUGCUACUGCAGCUACUGCUGGCAACACGAACGCUGCUGCUGCCGUUGCUACAGCUGCCACAGCCGCUACAGCCGGCGCUACAGCCGCUCGCUCGUUUUUUGCCACGGAGCUGCGGUGCUCCCUGUGCGGCCACGUGGACCUCUGCCAGCUGGACGCCAGCCUGGCGCGUGACGUGGCGGAGCUGCACGCGUUCCUACGAAGGCAGAAGCAGAUGGAGGAAAGGCAGGGGCAGAAAAGGCAGGUGCAGCAGCAGGGGGGGGAGAAGCUAAGGGAGACGCAGCAGGUGGGGCAGAAGAAUGGGAAGCAGGAGGGGUGCUUGGUUUUGCAGGCGCUGCAGCGAGGGGUGUGGAGGAAUAGAGGACUCACUCAGGAUGUGCUACAGCAGCUGGGAGUGGGCAUGCUGCAGAUCCUCGCUUCCAUUCUUAAGCCGCUCCCGGGAGUGGCGUGGCUGUCAAAAUACGAGCUGGUGGCAACCGUGAUUCUCGCAUCUAUCCUCAAGCCGCUCCCGGGAGUGGCGUGGCUGUCAAAAGAUGAACUGGUGGGAAUUGUGGUUGCUGAGAGGGAGAGGAGGGAGGCGGAGGGGAAGGAGAGGGUGGAAGAAGAGGAGAGGAGCAGGAGGGAGGGGGAGGAGAGAGGCAGGAGGGAAGAGGAGGAGAGGGAGAGUUGGGAAGAGGAGAAGGAGAGGAAAGAGAAGGAGGAGAGGGAGAGGAGGGAAAAGGAGGAGAGGGAGAGGAGGGAAAAGGAGGAGAGGGAGAGGAGGAAAGCGGAGGAGAGGGAUGGGGAGGAGAGGAGGAGGUGGGAAGAGGAGGAGAGGGAGAGGAGGGAAGCGGAGGAGAGGGAGAGGAGGGAAGUGGAGGAGAGGGAGAAGGGGGAAAAGGAGGAGAGGAACAAGAGGGAAGAGGAGGAGAGGGAGGGGGAGGAGAGGAGGAGGAGGGAAGAGGAGGAGAGGAACAGGAGGGAAGAGGAGAGGGAGAGGAGGGAUGUGGAGGAGAGGGAGAGGAGGGAAGAGGAGGAGAGGAACAGGAGGGAAGAGGAGGAGAGGAACAGGAGGGAAGAGGAGGAGAGGAACAGGAGGGAAGAGGAGGAGAGGAACAGGAGGGAAGAGGAGGAGAGGAACAGGAGGGAAGAGGAGGAGAGGAACAGGAGGGAAGAGGAGGAGAGGAACAGGAGGGAAGAGGAGGAGAGGAACAGGAGGGAAGAGGAGGAGAGGAACAGGAGGGAAGAGGAGGAGAGGAACAGGAGGGAAGAGGAGGAGAGGAACAGGAGGGAAGAGGAGGAGAGGAACAGGAGGGAAGAGGAGGAGAGGAACAGGAGGGAAGAGGAGGAGAGGAACAGGAGGGAAGAGGAGGAGAGGAACAGGAGGGAAGAGGAGGAGAGGAACAGGAAGGAAGAGAAGGAGAGGAACAGGAAGGAAGAGGAGGAGAGGAACAGGAGGGAAGAGGAGGAGACCACUGCAGCUGCUUCUGCUGCUCCUGCUGCUCCUCCUCCCACUGCUCCUGCUGCUCUCCCUUCCACUCCCAGCGGUGCAGGUGGUGUUGAGAGUGGUGUGAAUGGUAGCACUGAAAACGGCUCUUUAGGCCAAUUAGAGGCUCGGGCACUGGCAGCACUGGAAGACGAUCUUAGCUUCAAUGCCAAGGCUGCGGUUCAGGAGCAACGGGCUGCUGCGGAGGCUCGGGCAGUCCUUGCUGAAGCUGAGGAGCAGCUUCGGCGAGCACAGGCUGCAGUGAACCAAGCCAGGGCUGCUGCCUCUGAGGCAACCCACCGGGCCGAAGCUGCUGCAGCAGAGGCUCGGGAGGAGAUGGAUCAGCUGGCGGAGGCUCGGGAGCAGGUUCGGAGGAAGGCUGAGGAGUGUCGGCACGCUUGGGACCGCCACAUCAGCAUCGUGCGCCAGCUGGCGGCUGUAUCUCCUGGCGCGUGUGGCAGGAAAUCUUAUUCCAGAAGGCGUAAGGAGGAGUUUGAAGCGGCAGCAAGGAGUUAUGAGGAGUACUUGACGCUGUGGGAAGAGCUGGAGUGCAUGGGACGAGGGAGCCUGCCGGAAACGCCACAGGCACAGUAA